AUGUACCAGUUUCCCAAAGACGGUGAGAAGGUGGACGGCGCUGAGGAGGCGAACAAGGAGGACACGAAGGAAAAGGAGGCCGCGUCGCCACCGCAGCCACAGCCGGACGGCAUGCCGGAGAUGCAGCAAGAAUCUGGCAUGCAGGCACAGUCCGGCAUGCAACAGCUCGGGCCACAAUAUGGCGGGGCCCAAUACGGCAUGCAGCCACUGCAGCCGCAGCCCGCCAUGCCGCAGCUGCAGCCGCAGCCCGCCAUGCCCAUGCCGCAGCCACAGAUGGGCGGCGGUGUGUCAUUGUGA